AUGGGCACCAGAAAGAUGAACAACACAGAGAAUGAGCAAAUGAUUGUAAAGCCGGAUCCAUUGAGGGUAGUGUGUAAGCGAGCAUCAAGGCUAAAGGAUGAGGCCGCAGAAGGCAAGCGCGCGUGUAUAAGGAGCAAGUCAAAAGUAAAACUGUUCAGAUGCAUGUCGAUGUGGAAAAAUCCAACAAGUCAGAUAGUUCCGUUACAAGCCAGGGUUGUACACGAUAGAUUCAAGACUGUACGCCAGGAGGUCAAUGUAGAGAUGUUUAUGAAUCUCAAGCAUUCUCUGGAUCAAGCUGAAGCGCAGUAUGCAAGCAAUUGGGAUGCUCAGGAAGACAUCAACAAUAUAAAAUAA